GCGCACUCCGGCGAGGCUGACCCUGACACCCAGUAGCUGAGCCGGGGACGCGCGAGCCGGGGGCGCGCGAGCCGGGGACGUGCGCGGCGAGGGCUUCGCGGCUCAGUCCGGCUCCCCGCCCGCCAGCCGGCUGGCCCCCUCGUAGGGGACGUGUUGCUGACUCGCGCCUGCGACCAGGAGGACGCGCAGCCAUGGGCCGCCUGGCCGGGAGUGCGGCGGCGCUGCUGCUCGGGCUGCUCGUGGAGUGCACAGAGGCCAAAAAGCAUUGCUGGUAUUUUGAAGGACUCUAUCCAACCUAUUAUAUAUGCCGCCCUUACGAGGACUGCUGUGGCUCCAGGUGCUGUGUGCGGGCCCUCUCCAUACAGAGGCUCUGGUAUUUUUGGUUCCUUCUGAUGAUGGGCGUGCUCUUCUGCUGUGGAGCCGGCUUCUUCAUCCGGAGGCGCAUGUACCCCCCGCCGCUGAUCGAGGAGCCGGCGUUCAACGUGUCCUACACCAGGCAGCCCCCGAACCCCACUCCAGGAGCCCAGCAGCCGGGGCUGCCGUUUUACACCGACCCUGGAGGACCAGGGAUGAAUCCUGCUGGGAACCCUGUGGCGAUGGCUUUCCAGGUCCAACCCAACUCACCCCAGGGAAGCAUGGCCUACCCACCACCCCCUUCCUACUGCAACACGCCACCGCCCCCAUAUGAACAGGUGGUGAAGGCCAAGUAGCCGGGAGCUGCCUGGCACCUGCCUGUGCAACUGGCCGGGGAGGCCGGGAGAGGCUGUCACUCACCCUCCCUGUCCCCAUCACUGUUCACCUCCAGGAAUGGUCUUCUGAGCCACUAAGGGCAAAUUCCUUUUUGAUAUCUUCAAAGCAAGCACAGCUUCCUUUCAAGUUUUCCUUGGAGGACCAGUAUUUGAAUUCACCCCGUGUCUCCUCUGUUGCUUCUGUUUCCAAUGUAAUCUGUGCUCUGGCCGAGUGGAGAGUCCUGAGGGUUGACCCCCUAGGGUGGCGCGCCCAGACCCUCAGGGGAGAAACCCCGGUGGAAGGUGAGGCAGGGUGCGUGCAGGUGAGUACAUGUGAACGUGAGGAGGGGCCCGGGCCGCCCAGAAGGCCCCGCACAUGGCAGGCAGCCCGUCUGAAACGAGGCACCACAGGGCCAGCUGUGUGAGCCCCUUGCCCGUCAGUCUUCCUCUUCAAAAGGCUCUCAGAGAGACAGGCGGUGGCGGCACAGCCUAGGAGCCCUCUCUUCUCCAUCCCCUUCCUGAAGACCAGAGCUGCCCUCUGCACAGCCAGGACUGGGAGAGCCCUGGGCACGGCUUGCAUCUCAAGGAGAUGAGGAUCCGGAAUCAGACCAAGUUGCUGUCUAUAGUUAUCUGAAAGUCACUAAGGAAAGUGAUUUAAAUUCAUGGGAAAUUGCCCCCUGCCUCAAACCGGACAUUGCAUUUGAUGAGCUCUUGGUCUGACUUGGGGAAAAAAAUGUACGAGCCCUUUUCAGUGUGUCCUGUGGAAGGUGGUGUGGAGUCCUGUCCUGAGGUCAGACUCGGAGUCUUUCCUGGACAUCGGCAGCUCUCUGGCCUGUGGUCACGGCCAGGCACCUCUGUGCCCUCCCCUGAGGUAGCCCUGACGGUGCGUUGUGAUGGAUUUUGGACACUUUCAAAGCAGAGAGGCAUGUCCGGCUGGGAAGCCACAUCAGCCUCUGGAGAGAGGUGUCCCAGCAGGGCGCAGUCAGUGGCUCGAGCCUGGGUUGGGCAGGCCUGGGCCCUGGCUGGUUGACCUCAGCAGGUGUCCGCCGGGCUCUGACGAGGAGCUUGUAAAGAAAAAGACGGAAACGCAAGACCCCAGGACUGCAGAGCGAUCUCUUCAGAAAGGACCAAAUAGAUUUCACUGAUGAUGAGUUCAUCAAAAUUAGAAUAAAGAAGAUCUGGUUGGAAACGCAAAGCCUGGCUCAGAAACCUCUCUGGCCCUGGGAUCACAGGUAGUCCUGGGGUUGUUAGGGGGCCCAGGUCCUUCUCCUCUGCGUUGUCAGGAAUGCCCACGAUCGCGUAUUUAAACCCAGAGUGAGACCUGACAGGUCACGUAUAGGAAGGGCAAAGCUGCGUAGCCGAGACAUGUAGUAGACCCCUGUAUAUGUAGUGGUGGGGUGGAGUGCUUAUUUUUGAAAUGAACUCAACAGAGCCUCUUGAGGAGUUGUCACUCACUGAACCUGUGCAUCAGGACAUCUCACCGGAGUGGAUACUAAGGGUUUUCAUUCCCUAGCCCUAGUCUCUGUGUCCCUGCUCUUCUGGGACACGUCUGUGGCGUAGGGGUGAGGAAUCAGGAUGGGGCCACAGUGACUUACCUUUUCUAAUGGUGGGGAAUCUGGGAGCCUCCCCGGGAAUUCCACAGGAUGCUCUUGAAGCCAGAUGAACACCUUGGAAACAGUCUGUGAACACGGAUGCUGCUGCCGGUGUCUUUGACCACCGAGUGUGACCUCUGAACUCCUGUGCCCAACUUCAGUACCUCCCCACACUCAAGUCCUUGAAUCGAAUGAGACAAUAAAGGGCAACACUUGCUGUUUACAACCCAGGAUGAUUACAUGGGUCCAAAAGGUCCUCUUCCUCCAGGUCAUUCAUUUUGCAUUUUCAGGUCCAGUUUCUCCCUUUAUUGUUCUGAUGAGGAAGCGCCCCGACAGCUGCCCCUGGAGUUGGAUUGGGUGCAGCUGAGUUGCCACCCAAAUGUCCACGACGAAAUUUUGUUUAUCUUUUUGAUAGCAAAUGAUCUUGAGACUGAAUGAUUUCGGUAGCAAUCAACCAUUUUAUAUUCAUGUGUGUGAGAUAAAUUUUGUUUUCCUUUGAACCGGGGUGAGAACCCACUACUGUGGGCACUGACACUGUGUGUGGAAAUUCCACUCGCAGUGGCAUUUCCUGCCCCUUCUGUUUCCCCCCGUGCUGUCGGUGGACAGUGCCCACUGCUUGGAGCCAGUCCAGCUCCUGGUGUGUGAAGGUGCAUAGAGUUCCUUAGCGGGUGUGGCCAGGAGCGAACCGGGAGCAGAUCGAUGCAUGCUUUUCCUCUUGUAACACUUGGCUCACUUCUCUUUUCUGUUCUUUUGAUAGGGUCAUGUUUCCUAUGUAUGCAAAAUAAAAAUAAAUUUGGGUGUGU